AUGGUAGCGAUUAUUCCAGGCCUCCCUGCAGCCUUUGAUGUGGAGCAUGAUCGCAUGGAAGAUGUUUUUGCCUCUGUAAAGAGCCGUGCUGUUGGCAAGGAUGGCAACCCACUCUCACCGGAGGAGGCAUGGGUACAGCAGGAGCUGCAGCACUAUGAGAAUCUAUACACAGAGCAGCAGGAGCUUAUGGUCUGCCUUGUCACGUUCAACGUGGCCUGCAAGAAGCCACCCGCAAACUUGUCCACCCUCAUCUCACUGAAAAUGGCGGAGGACGCCAACAGGCCCGUGGAUCUCGUCAUGGUAAGCCUUCAGGAGGUUGACAUGGGGGCAUCCGCCAUGUUAAAGGAGGAAACUGAGGCGGCAACACCGUGGAUUAUGGGGUUGCACGCCGCGGUAGGCGCAGACCUUCAUACGGUAAGCAACAAGCCAUAUUACGCCUUUCCACCUAAGCAACUUGUUGGUCUCCUGUUAUGCGUCUACCUACGACGUCAGCUACUUCCCCACAUGCAAGACAUGUCGCUUAUGACAGUUGCGACAGGAGCACUGGGUAGCAUGGGAAAUAAAGGUGCCAUUGGUUUGCGCUUUGUGUUGUACCGCACAAGUCUAUGUCUUAUAAACGUACACUUAGCUGCAGGACACAACAACGUCCUGAAACGUAAUGCAGAUGCGAGUACUAUAUUUGAGUGCAUGGAUUUUAAUGCGCAGAAGCGGCAGGCGUUGGUUGCUGCUAUAGGGGACGGGUAUAUUCCGCCUGAGUACAUGGAUCAAAGCCCGGAACUGCGUCCGCAUGAUCAUGAUAUCGUCAUCGUCGCUGGGGACCUUAACUACCGGGUGAACCUGAGUUACGAGGAGGCGGUAGAACUGUCUCUGCGCCGCGAUGUCACACGGCUGCUGAUGCACGAUGAACUGGUCUCAGAGUUAGCCAAUUCGCACUCACCGUGGUGGGGGUUCAUGGAUCUCACACCGACGUUUCCCCCAACUUACCGCUAUGACAUUGGGAUGAAUGUCUACGACACGAGUGAGAAGCAGCGUGUCCCAAGCUACACGGAUCGUAUUGUUACAUGGACAAAACGCAAGUCCCACCAGAAGCUGAUUUGUGUGGAAAGUCUGCAGGCAAUAGUAGAUAUUGUCAGUAGUGACCACAAACCCGUACAGGCGCUGCUGCGGCUUCCGAUACGUUGCGAGGUUGAGGAAAAGAAAAAGAGUGUUACGCAAUCCCUGCGAGACCGCAUCACACAGGUGGGAUUGGACCGUUCUAGCAGCGCAAAGACGAGUAUAACCCCUGCCGUACUGGACUUUGGGGUUCAAAAGUUUUACGAUUGCGGGGCCCGAAAUGUAUUGACCAUCAGUAACGCGGGGGACUGCGUGGCCCUGGUAAAGGUGUUCCGGCAGCGUAAUCAGGAUGUCAGUGAGGGGGCGUGGCUGCGGGUGUACCCAAGCAACUUCUCCAUCCUCCCUGGGGAGACAAAGGAGGUGGUGGUGGAGUGCCAACUGCACCCGCGCUGCAUGUGGUGGAUGAGUCGUUGGCGUCCGUUUGAAGGUCAUGGUCAACUGAACCUUUCAUCCAUGCUGUUGGUGUUUGUCAGUCAGGGGCCUGUGCACCUGGUGGAGUGCAAAAGUACAAUUCUGCCGAGCGUAUACGGUAACAGCCUGGAGAACAUCUCACUUUUAGGGAAUGAAGUGUGUAUCACCGCCUAUGGGCUCAAAGAAGACUUGGAACAGCUGCGCAAGGUGGUUCGACCGCAGUUACCGAAGGAACUUUGGUUUCUUAGCGAGGCUAUUUACGAGCGUGGGGCGCGCCACCCAGAUCUCUUCACCGAGAACGGAUCUGCAGAGGCCUGCACAGCAAUUAUGCAACAUCUUGACACCCGCUGUGAACCGCUGCCUGCCGAGUUUGACAUUCAGUCUGUGGCUACCUGCUUUAUUACCUUUCUUCAGUCGCUGCAGGAGCCGGUGGUGCCGUUUGCGUUGUACGCGGCGGCCAUUGCGGCCGGGAAGGCGGGAGGCAGAGCACCCCUUGUGUUUGUGCAGCAACAACUUCCCCCGCAGCAUGCCAACGUUUGGAUCUACGUGUGCGCUUUGCUUGCUUUCCUGUUGCGGCCUGUGAAUGCCCGCGGCAAUCAGCUCACUCCUAGGAUUGUGGCGAAGCUCUUUAGUGAUGUGUUGCUUGUGCGACCAGGCGUCCUGAACCGUGCCACCUCUGGAAACCGAGCGGGGUCUCAAAAGGACAUUGUCCCACCACCUCAGGGCGUUGUCACCUCGCAGUCGCUGCGUCAGCAACUACAGCAGGAGAAGGAGCAUGCGAUGAGCCUCAUCGAGUAUUUCCUUAUGCCGCCUCCAGAGGCGCUACGGUAA